UCUAUUUUUUUCUUUCCACAUCCUUCACUCACUCUCUCUACACUUACGCCAACCUCUUACUCCUUCUGUAAACAAAAAAACAGUAAUGACGAGUUUCAAGGUUAAUCGGAUCGAAUCGUCGCCUAUUGAAGGCCAAAAACCUGGCACUUCUGGUCUCAGAAAGAAGGUAAAAGUAUUCACCCAACCGCAUUACUUGCAUAAUUUUGUUCAAUCAACAUUCAACGCCCUCUCCGCAGAGAAUGUUAAAGGCUCUACACUUGUUGUCUCCGGUGAUGGGCGCUACUAUUCAAAGGAUGCAAUCCAGAUUAUAAUUAAAAUGGCAGCUGCAAAUGGUGUAAGACGUGUCUGGGUUGGCCAAAAUGGACUUCUAUCAACACCCGCCGUAUCAGCAGUCGUACGUGAAAGAGUUGGCACUGAUGGUUCCAAAGCAAAUGGGGCAUUUAUAUUGACAGCCAGUCACAACCCAGGUGGUCCCAAUGAGGAUUUUGGAAUCAAGUACAAUAUGGGAAAUGGUGGGCCAGCACCCGAAGGAGUUACUGACAAGAUCUUUGAGAACACAAAAACAAUAAAGGAAUAUUUUAUUGCAGAAGGCCUGCCAGAUGUUGAUAUCUCGGCAAUUGGCGUUUCAAACUUCUCAGGUCCUGAUGGCCAAUUUGAUGUUGAUGUUUUUGACUCAGCAAGUGACUAUGUGAAAUUGAUGAAGUCAAUCUUUGACUUUUCGUCAAUCCAGAAGUUGAUUGCAUCUCCACAAUUUAGUUUUUGUUAUGAUGCACUUCACGGAGUUGCUGGAGCCUAUGCUUCACGUAUAUUUGUUGAAGAGCUUGGAGCAAAAGAGAGCUCAUUGUUAAACUGUGUGCCCAAGGAAGACUUUGGUGGGGGACAUCCUGAUCCCAACCUUACCUAUGCGAAAGAGUUGGUAUCGCGGAUGGGACUAGGUAACAAUCCUGAUAGUAACCCCCCAGAAUUUGGUGCCGCCGCAGACGGUGAUGCCGAUAGGAACAUGGUUCUUGGCAAAAGGUUUUUUGUUACACCUUCAGAUUCUGUCGCUAUCAUUGCUGCAAAUGCAGUCCAAUCUAUACCAUACUUCUCAUCUGGGUUGAAGGGUGUUGCCAGGAGCAUGCCAACAUCUGCUGCUCUUGAUGUUGUAGCUAAAAGUCUCAACCUGAAGUUUUUUGAGGUACCAACCGGCUGGAAAUUUUUUGGUAACUUGAUGGAUGCUGGAUUAUGUUCAGUCUGUGGUGAAGAGAGUUUUGGAACUGGGUCUGAUCAUAUACGUGAGAAGGAUGGAAUCUGGGCUGUGCUGGCUUGGAUGUCGAUUCUUGCUUAUAAAAACAAGGACAAUCUCAAUGGUGGAAAGCUUGUGACUGUUGAAGACAUUGUGAAGCAGCACUGGGCUACCUUUGGACGCCACUAUUAUACCCGCUACGAUUAUGAGAAUGUUGAUGCAGGUGCUGCAAAGGAUCUAAUGGCUCACUUGGUCAAGUUGCAGUCCAAUAUUAGUGAAGUUAACAAAACCAUAAAGGGAAUACGAUCAGAUGUUGCAAAUGUUGCCAGUGCCGAUGAAUUUGAAUACAAAGAUCCUGUUGAUGGUUCAAUCUCCAAAAAUCAGGGAAUUCGCUAUUUAUUCGAAGAUGGUUCUCGUUUGGUUUUCCGUUUAUCUGGGACAGGGUCAGAAGGUGCCACAAUUCGUCUUUACAUCGAGCAAUAUGAAAAGGACUCGUCAAAGACUGGAAGAGAAUCUCAGGAUGCGCUUUCUCCUCUGGUGGAGGUCGCUUUAAAGUUGUCGAAGAUGCAAGAGUUCACUGGCCGUUCUGCCCCCACUGUCAUCACAUAAAAAUUCUGCUCUUCCUGUCGUCCACAGCUUAUGUAUUUUUCGUGUUCUUAUAUAGCAAUAAUGUUAGCUUUUCAGUGGCCUGGGCUUGUUUAUUAGUGGGUGGGCAUCAUCUUUGAUGUUGAAUGCUUGAUGAUUUACAAAGUUUUGUUUUCGUUAAUAAUUUCAGUAUUGUACCUUGAGAAACUCUUACCAACAAUAUCCAAAAUUUACGGCUUUUUCUUUUGAUA